UUUGAAUCGUCAGGAUCGUUUCGACUGUCUGCUCGUCAGAUAGAGCUUGUACGUUCUAAGAAGCGUAUGUUAGCAUCCUUUGUCCGUGAAUUGCGUGAAAGUGGCAUUUAUGUUUUAAAAUUGGUGUACUAAGUGUUUCCUGUAAAUAAAUCUUCAUUGAUCUUCAUACGCAUGUGUGGUCAACAAAAAGGCUUACUAGAAUCCAUUUUGAAUCGUCAGGAUCGUUUCGACUGUCUGCUCGUCAGAUAGAGCUUGUACGUUCUAAAGAGCGUAUGUUAGCAUCCUUUGUAGUACGUCCGUGAAUUUCGUGAAAGUGGCGUUUAUGUUUUUAAAUUGGUGUACUAAUUGUUUCCUGUAAAUAAAUCUUCAAACGGUAGUGCUAGUAGAUUGCAAGACGUCCUAAUAGAAGUUGAAGAACAUAAAGACGAAAGUAAUGAAUUUUCCUGAAAUUGAUAUUGAAGCGGUAGUUGAGUUGUGGUUCCGAAUGUUCCCGGAUGGCAAGGCUUCCAUCAAUUACGCCUUGCAAUCGCCACAAGUAAAUACCGGUGCAAAUCUAGAACCAGUGCAAAGGCCUAGAGGCAGACAGGAACUUGUAUUCGACAUAGUUGGUAUGGCUAAGGAUCUUGUACCAACAUGUUGUGACAUUGCAAAAGUAUGGGACGAUUUUCGUCAAAACGGAUACAACGACAUGUCAUACGAUCUCGUCGUCCUUGAAGCGAAAGAAAAUACUCUACCUCUGAAAAACAUAAGUAACCAGCAAAAGCGACGCGCGUUGCGCAAUGGAGCCCACACAUCCGAGGAUCACUGUGUAUUUUGUUUCAACAACAAAGCUGAACCAGUGGUUUAUAAAAGUCAUAGGUGCAAGGAUCAACGUGGGUUGGUAAGCUGUCCAAUUCUGCGAAAGCUCAUGUGCCCUUUUUGCAAGGCGACAGGACCAAUGGCACACACACCAAAGUAUUGCCCCAUAAAACCGAUCAUCACCCCAGCAUACUGCGAAGCAAUGGAGCGAAAAAAGAUGGAAAACAAAUGGUUGGUUGUUCAUAAGGAUAUGAAUAGAAGAAAAUCCAUGCGUUUGUGAAAAGAACAGCAAUUGUCCGCAACCGGAAUCUACAGGAGGAAGUCUUCAAAAUUUAAUUAUCUUACUUUUACUUUCGUACGUCCUAGUUUUUUUUACAUGUUUAUCAUUUCUGUAAGGAUGUUAAUCUCUUUUACUUACUUUACUUAUAGCAAAAUGAAAAUAUUUUGCACUCGAAAAUUUACGGCAUCAAAAUUACGUGGUGCGUUCGAAAUGUUCAACAAACUUGUUCGUCGACGCAGACUGAAGAAUAGAAGGUUUCGCUGAGCGAAAGGUAGUGGCUAAUUCUAUCAGAUUUAAUUGGAGAUCUUGACAGCAAGUUAUACUACUUACUAACGUGCAGAAUUUAUACUUUGCAUACGAACAUCGAUUAAUAGUUACUCCAUCUCAGGACUAUGGUUAAUUUUUUUUUUUACAGUCACAUUUAUGAAAUUUAAAGUGCUCUCAUGAGAAGAAAUAUUUUCAUACAACAAUUACAACAAACGUAAAUUGCAAGAAACUUUUUCGAAUAUUAAAUAAACUUUAUAUAAUUUUGUUUUUUUACAUGAGCAAUAAUAAGCCCAAUUUAUAAAUCUGUUUACAACUUACAACUUAAGGUGGUUAUUAUUUUGUGUCAUUAGGGAAACCUUGCUAGAGGAGCACGAUACCUUUUAAAUUAAUGCUUAUCUAAAACUGGGCAUGGGCGCAUAUCUACCUAUACGAUUUAAUUAUCCUAACUUUACUAGCGGCUUGAUUGAAGUCAAACCAAAGAUGGGGGGAAUUGAUGCGAAGCCCAUACGUUUCUGCAUUGGAAAAAUCUACCUUACUUACAUAUUAAUUAUAAUAAGGAUCUGUAACUUUCUUCAUCACUCAUCAACCAAGAUAGGUAGCUUGUCCAAUUAGAUAUCUUUAAUUUAUAGGUUCGUCUACACAAUAGCUUAUCGUUAGUUUGCUAGCACUUUCACGCUCCCGAGUAC